UCUGUGUUUCUGAGCUGUUCCAGCAUUUCAUUUCUCCAAACCUGUCUGACUCGUACAAGAAGUAAAACUGAAACUUCGUCACCGCAGAGACACACAGGACUUGUGCUAUUCAAUACGGACAAUAAGGUGACAUAACAGGUAAAAGUACUUUUACAAAGUCAAAGUUAUGCUGUUGGGGUCAUUGUGAUCAAUAAAGGUGCGACAAUUUCAUUAAUGUCACUUUUACUUUCUGUUGCAUUAAGAAACCUAUCGUUAGUAUAUGUAGACAGUUCAGUUAUUCUCUUGUUAAAUACACAGUAUUUCUACGGGUAAACGAAGGUUUUCUGAUCUACGCCGUCGCUGGUCAGUUUGGUAGAUCCGCAGUGUGAAUUUAUACACACACACACACACACACAUUUUGUCCCAUACGGGGUUGCGGGUGAAUUUAUAUUUGGAAUGAAAUAAAAAUUCAGACUUUAUCUCUCGCUCUGUUUUACAAGGACUGACAAUUAUAACAGGCAGAAUUAUUAAAUUCAUUUUAUUACUGUAUUUUCCUGUUUUAGUGCUGGUUUAGAGCACUUGUGAAAAGUCAACAAUGUUCUUCUUCAACAUGUUUCUUGUGAAAAUGUACGACAAAUAGCAGGUUUGUGUUCAGCUGUGAAAAGCUGCCCUGGUCAGGAAUGUGGAAGGUGGAAGGUGCGUCGCUGUGCCUCUGGUGCCCUAUUGCUGUUCCCCAGAGCUCCACCGGGGGCGCCCUGUGCACCUGGGACCAGGACAGAGACCGGGACGUGUUUAAAGGGACGGACGGGGAGGGACUCGAUCACUGCGGAUCUGUGUUGUUGAGCUCAACAGAGUCAAGAUCCGCCCAUAUUCGUCCAACUGCCUCGAUUCCCUGUUAAGCCCUUAUCAGAAACAUUUUUUGCAUUUUUACUGCGUCACCAAUUGUCUGUGAGAUCUCUCCUUGGAUCAGUUUAUCUCGUUGUCCUGUUGAGUUACAAACUAAUUACUACUAAAUUUUAACUUUCAUUUAUUUAACACUUUUCUGGACGAUAUUAAUGUGCUUGCAAAGAUUUACCACCCAUUUAUACAGCCGGGUAAUUUUCACUGUUGUGAAUUUGUGGUAAAUACUUUUGCGCAAAGAGAUUAAUUUAGGAGGUGGGAUUUAAACCUUGAUGUCUACCUGCUCAUAACUAAAUGAAUCUUAUUGAUACUUGACAGCAGUUGGUGAAAAAACAGUGAACAAUAAAAGAGUAACUGAAGUUGAAUGGGGAGAAAGUGACAGAAGAAACGGCCUGGAGGGGAGAUGAGUCUCACAGGGACUUCUCUCCCGAAAUUACGUUUUAACAAACUCCCUAUGAACAGAAAAGCAUUAAUAUUUGUGUUAGUGGUUUGUUUUACCUGCUGUCCAUGAAGACCCUGGACUCACCUGAUGAGUUUGUGUCCAGAGCCCUGAGUGAGAUGGAGGACUCUGCCUUAGAGAUGAGCCCCUCUGAGAACGAUAAGGAGGGGGUCACUGACUCGGAAAAGAGUUUUAAAAGCGUCCAGCAGGGGAGAUCAAUGUCACCUGUACCCAGCUGUAUAUCCAUGAAAAGUGACAAGUCAUUGGACUUUAUGAUCAAUCUUAAACAUGGACAGAUUUCUGAGGGUCAAACCGUCCAGCAGGAGAGAUCAGUGUCACCUGUACCCAGUACCACAUCCAUGAAAAGUUCCAACUCAAUGUCUCAUACUGAAGGUGAACUCCUGAUGCCAUGUCAGCAGAAACUGAAAUCCCAUCUGAAGAAGAAGUUUGAGUGUAUUUUUGAAGGACAAGCUAAGCAAGGAAACCCAACCCUUCUGAAUGAUAUUUACACAGAGCUCUACAUAACUGAAGGUGGUACUGAUGGGAUCAGUGAUGAACAUGAAGUGAGACACAUUGAGAGAGCACUCAGGAAACAAGCUACACAAGAAACUAAAAUCAAAUACAGUGAAAUGUUUAUACCCUUACCUGGAAAAGUAACACAUGUAAGAACUGCGCUGACACAGGGGAUUGCAGGUAUUGGGAAAACAGUGUCUGUGCAAAAAUUUAUCCAUGACUGGGCAAAAGGAAAAGAAAAUCAAGACAUCAAUUUCAUAUUUCCUCUUCCUUUUCGAGACCUGAAUUUGAUAAGGGAUAAGGAAUUCAGUUUAACAGAACUGGUUCAUAAUUUUAUCCCAGAAGUCAAGGAGUUUGGACUCACUCAGCUCUUGAAUUUCAAAGUCUUGUUUGUCUUUGAUGGUCUGGAUGAGUGUUGCCUUCCUCUAGAUUUUAAGAACAAUGAGAUCUGUUCUGAUGUGAGAAAGACAACUUCACUGGAUGUUUUGUUGACCAACCUCAUGAAGGGGAAUCUGUUUCCUCCUGCUCUCAUCUGGAUAACUUCCCGUCCAGCAGCCGCCAGUCAGAUUCCUCCUGAGUGUGUCGAUCGAGUGACAGCGAUACGAGGGUUCAAUGACGCCCAGAAGGAUGAAUAUUUCACAAAGAGAUUCAGUGAUGAGAAUCUGGCUAAGUGGAUCAUUGCACAUGUGAAGUCAUCAAGGAGCCUCUACAACUUGUGUCACAUUCCAGUCUUCUGCUGGAUUUCAGGCACUGUUCUUGAGAGGCUCUUUGUUGAGAAACACAGCGGAAAAAUUCCCAGGACUCUCACUGAGAUGUACACACACUUCCUGAUCUUUCAGACCAGUCUGAAGAAUGAGAAGUAUCUGAAAAAACAAGAAACAGAGCAUCUGAAUUCUUUAGAAUUAGAUAAAGAAUUUGUUGUGAAAUUGGGGAAGUUGGCUUUCAACAACCUUGAAAAGGGCAAUCUCAUAUUUUAUGAGGAAGAUCUGAGAGAGUUUGGCAUUGAUGUCAAUGAAGCUUCGGUGUAUUCUGGAGUGUGUACAGAAGUGUUUAGAGAGGAGAUCGGGUUCUAUGAGGGGAAAGUUUACUGCUUUGUACACCUCAGUGUACAGGAGUAUCUUGCUGCUUUACAUCAGUUUCUGUCAAAUAGUGAUUCCAACCUGCUGAAGAAAACAGUGGAUCAAGCUUUAGAGAGCAAGAAUGGACAUUUGGACCUCUACCUCUGCUUCCUUCUUGGCCUUUCACUGGAAUAUAUUCAAAAGCUAUUAAAAGGGCUGGACCCACAGGGAAGAUGGCAGUUUAUUAAGAGAGACAUAGUACAUUAUAUUAAUCAGAAGAUCAGUGAGAAUCUAUCUGCAGAGAAGGCCAUUCAUCUCUUCCAUUGUCUGAAUGAACUGAAUGAAAGUUCUCUGGUGAAACAAGUACAAAAGUACCUGAAAACAGGAAACCUUUCAGAAAAGAACAUUGUACCCACAGAAUGGUCAGCUCUGGCCUUUGUCUUGAUGAUGUCAGCAGAGGAAAUGGAUGAGUUGGAUCUGAGAAACUGCACCUUACGUGAUGAAGGUCUUCAGAGGAUGCUGCCAGUGAUCCAGGUCUCCAAAAUUGCUCUGCUGAUCAGUUGUUCUCUCACUAAAAGUUCCUGUGGAGCUUUGGCCUCAAUUCUGAAUCCAGAUUCAAACCUGAGAGUGUUAGACCUGAGUGAUAAUGACCUACAGGACUCAGGAGUGGAACUGCUCUCUAUUGGACUGGGGAACCAACAGUGUAAACUGGAAGCACUGAGAUUGUCUGGCUGUUGUGUCAUGGAAGGAGGCUGUACUUCUCUGGCUUCAUGCAGGAUCAGACCAGGGCUCCUCAAAUACUCCUGUCAGCUCACACUGGACCAGAACACAGCAAACACGCACCUGUAUCUGUCUAAGAGGAACAGGAAAGUGAGAUGGAGCAUUGAGAAACAACCGUAUCCUGAUCAUCCAGACAGAUUUGUCAACAGGCCCCAAGUUCUGUGCGCAGAGAGUCUGUCUGGUCGCUCUUACUGGGAGGUUCAGUGGAGUGGAUAUGGAGCUGUAAUAGGAGUGACUUAUAAAGGAAUCAGGAGGAAAGGAGACGGUGUUGACUGUGGGAUUGGAUACAAUGACAAGUCCUGGUGUCUGUACUGCACUCGUGACAGUUACUCUGUCCGACACAAUAACGAAGAGACUCCUGUGACUGUACCGCAAUCCUCCCGCAGAGUAGGAGUGUAUCUGGACUGGGUGUCCGGCACUCUGUCCUUCUACAGUGUCUUUCCUGGUGAACUGAGCUUCCUCUACAGGUUCACCUCCACAUUCAAUGAGACCCUCUAUCCUGUUUUUUACAUUUAUUGGGACUCCUCAGUGUUCCUUUGUGAGUUGGCAUAA